AUGAAAAAGUUUCCAGGUUCCCCGUACGAUUGCAUCCGCCAACCGCCGUUGUAUGUGCAUCGAACACCAAUUGAAAUGGUUUUUUGUGCAAUACAUGAUGACGCAAAGUCACUUCAUAGUCAUCUGGCAUGCCAAGGGACAGCGAAUCUAGUCGUGGAUUCAAAGUUUUUUUUGAGAUAUUCAAUGACUGGACAUUGUCUAGCUAUUUCGUACCGUCCGUGUUUUUCGAAACUGGCCAGUUCUGUUGAUGGAAAGUUUAUAGAAGUUCCACUGAAUCAAGAGAAUCCUAAAAUUGAAACCGCAUUGCCGAGAAGUCAUAAAUCGUUCGAUGAAGCGGAUUACACUAAAACAGUUCGAACUGCAAGCUCUGCUAUUGAUCAAUAUUUCACUGGUCAUAUUCUCUGUGGUCUCGUUGUUCUCCACUAUGAACCGAUUCCAAAAUCUGUGACAGUCAUCGAAAAAUUAGAUCAAAUCUGCGUGCGACCGGAGGAUGCAGCGCCCACGAGAAAGACGGACGUGGCUCAUGAACAAUUCGUGAAACAGAAACCAGCAAAGUCAAAACUAUGGAAACGAAUUGCAUUAAGUGAAUCAAAUCUCGAAUUCCUCGAUUGUGAGUCAUUAAUCCGCGGGUAUCCUUCACUUCGAAAGAUGAGUAUGAUUUCUGCAAAAAUGGGUCCGAUUCCAAAUAUAGAACGUCUUCCGACAGGAGUUCAAAAUGUGAGACCUCAUUUAGAAGAAGUUGGCAAUGUUCCACUGGUGGCUGGAUUGUUCACGGAUUCGACGACUGCGGCGGUGGAGGAAAUGGUUGAAUGA